AUGAAGAGGAUUAACUUAUUAAUUAAUUCGAUUGAUAAUUCUUAAGAAAUAAUUCAAUAAUUAAAAGAAAUAAAGUAAGGUUAUAACAGAAAGGAUGAUUUCUAUUAAGUAUUGACUUAGGCUAAGAACUUUGAUGAAUUCUAUCUUAAUGAGCUACUUUAGAUGCUGAGAAAUAAGAAAAUAACUAAUUGUUUAGAGUUCUUUAAAAGUUAAACUGAAUUGAAAUUUAUCGCUUCUAUGAUUUAAAAUGUUAGCGGAAUUGACAUUAAUAAGAAGAAUUAUUCAAAUGAGAACUAUGAUUAAAUUAGAAAGGGCUUAAUAAAAUAAAUAUCAUAUGAUUAGUACAUAAUUAAAUUAAUGAAAUUCCUAGUUGGUCUGACAGCCAUUGACGAGAGAUUUAUCUAAAGUGGAUCGAAUGCGCUUAAUUUCUUAGUCGAAAUGAAGAUAGAUUUGAGAGAAUAAAGCCUUGAGAAUAAAAGGUUAAUAAAAAGCCAAAUUUAGAUGGCCAUACAUCAACUGUAACUUCAAUCAACUUCUGAUGAUUAGUCUACCAGUUUAUGUGAUGUUAAGGCAUGAUAAUAACAAGCCAAAUUAGUUGGUCAUUCGAGUUGGGUUAAUUCAAUUUUUUACUCUGUUGAUGGCACUACAUUAGCAUCUGGUAGUGAUGACUCUAUCCGG